GCGGCUCAGCUGCGCCCCCUUGAGGCCAGGACCCUCCGCAGGAGAGCCGGGUUGCAGUUUCCCUUCUCCGCCCCCGAGCUCCUCCUCCUUUGCAGCCCCUCCCACCAGGGAAGCCACUACAGCGCCUGCGUCAAUUCUGCCUUGCCCCGCCCCCUACUACCAACCGGAUGCUGGCGGAUUUCCCAUGGUGCCUCGCGAGUGGCGGGCAUGAGAGUAAACUGCAGAGGGUCGGCAGCGGGUUCUACUAGUCAUUGUUGGAGUUGUUCUGUUGUGCCGCAGGCCUCUACGAGAUUGGCGCCCCGUCGCUAUCUUGUAGGCUGGUGCAAUGGCGCUUUUCCGGGGCGUGUGGAGCGUGCUGAGUGCCCUGGGAAAGUCCGGAGCGGACCUGUGCGCGGGCUGUGGAAGUCGACUGCGCUCUCCUUUCAGUUUUGCGUACGUACCGAGAUGUUUUUCAUCCGCCGCGAAUAGUUACCCAAAGAAGCCUCUGACUUCAUACGUUCGAUUUUCUAAAGAACAGCUACCCUUAUUUAAAGCUCAGAACCCAGAUGCGAAAAAUUCAGAACUAAUUAGAAAAAUCGCCCAACUAUGGAGGGAACUUCCUGAUUCAGAGAAAAAAAUAUAUGAAGAUGCUUACAGGGCAGACUGGCAGGCAUACAAAGAAGAGAUAAACAGAAUUCAAGAACAGUUAACUCCAAGUCAGAUCGUAUCUUUGGAAAAAGAAAUCCUGCAAAAACGUUUAAAAAAGAAAGCAUUAAUAAAAAAAAGAGAGUUAACAAUGCUUGGAAAACCGAAAAGACCUCGCUCAGCUUAUAACAUUUUUAUAGCUGAAAGGUUCCAGGAAACUAAGGAUGGUACAUCACAGGUAAAGCUGAAGACUAUAAAUGAAAACUGGAAAAAUCUCUCUAGUUCUCAAAAGCAGGUAUAUAUUCAACUUGCUAAUGAUGAUAAAAUUCGUUAUUAUAAUGAAAUGAAAUCUUGGGAAGAACAAAUGAUGGAAGUUGGACGAAAUGAUCUUCUACGUCGCACAGUAAAGCACCACGGAAAAGAUGACACUGAGGAGUAUUAAAAUAGAAGAUUGAGUUAUGUUCGUAAUGGAUAGACACAAGAAACCAAUUAGGUCUCAAUACCUGAAGCUAUUGAAAACUAGAAAGGAUAAAGUUCGUGAACAUUUUAUAUUUAAUUCCUUUUUCUUUAGCCCAUGGACUUCUGCCAGUUCAAUACAUUUUGUAUUAGUAUCUUACUUUGGGAAACCCAAACAGAUAAAAAGUUCAUGUGAAAUUUAUUUUGUGUUAAGGAACUACUGAGGAUCAAAAUAAUCCGUGAAAUGCAGCAGUGAAUCAUUUUACCUUUGAUAAAGGUAAAUCAGACUGUGAAGUUUUUUUAUACUUGAUGACUGGAAAGAGUAUUCUUGUUUCCUUAUAUGUAUAUAUGUAUAUGGAGGCAGGAGUUUCAUAUUCAAAACUGUCCCAAAUUGUAGAAGUCAUAGUGUUCUAUGAUAUAAUUGUACAUUUUAGAAGAGCACCCAUAACUCAUCUAGGUAAAUUCUAAUCCCUAGGUAUAAUUCAUAUAUUCAGAGUUGAUGGUUGUACAUGCAAGGAAUUGCUGAUUUCAGUUGCAGUUUUUAUAAAAGGGAUGGAGAGAUUUAUAAACCUUUUACUUGCCUUUUUCCCAAAGUAAAAACCAAGAAAUUAUGUACCAAAUCUAUGCA